AUGCGGAACUCGGUUAUCAUGUUGGUGUGUCUUCUAACUACUUUCAGUGUCCUGCAUUUUCCUCAACUAGCGGCCUCUCGAUACAGCAACUAUACGUUUCCAGACAAUUUCAUGUUUGGGGUUGCUUCGGCUGCAUUUCAAAUAGAAGGAGGGUGGAAUGCCGGAGGAAGAGGAGAAAGUGUUUGGGACACGUAUUUACAUGAGCACCCUGAUUUCACCGCUGACAACUCUAAUGGUGACAUAGCAGCUGACUCAUACAAUAAAUAUAAACAAGACGUAAUUAUGGUGGAAUCACUAGGAGUAAAGUAUUACCGGCUUUCUAUAUCAUGGUCACGUAUAUUGCCAAGGGGAACAGACAACUACGUGAAUAAGGAAGGCGUAAAUUAUUACCGCUCAUUGUUUAAGGAACUUCUAAAAGCCAAUAUAACACCGGUGGUAACUCUUUUCCAUUUCGACUUACCAACACCUUUCAUGGAUUUAGGAGGAUGGACUAAUCCAGUUAUGGUCGAUUACUUCGAAGACUACGCACGGAUAGUAUUUACUCUCUUUGGAGAUCUCGUUAAACUAUGGAAUACGAUAAAUGAGCCUCAUGUCUACUGCUUGCACGGGUAUGGCAGUGAUUACUUUGUUCCUGUGCUAAACUUUCCCGGAAUAGCGGAUUAUUUGUGUUCCCACUAUUUACUACUGGGCCACAGUCGGGUUUAUCAUCUUUACGAUAAACACUUCAGACCACAUCAAAAAGGUAAAAUCUUUUUAACUUGCGAAGCAUUUUAUGCUGAGCCCAAAGACAAAAACAACAUAACUGAUGUUGAAGCUGCCGAACGAGUUCUUCAAUUGAGACUAGGGCUGUAUGCACACCCUGUAUUUUCUGAAAACGGUGAUUAUCCAGAAACAGUCCGCAAAAGAAUAAAUGAACUUAGUAUUAUUCAAGGAUAUAAAAGAUCCAGGUUACCGGUCUUUACUCAAGAAGAAAUAAAACUAUUAAAGGGGAGCUCUGAUUUCUUCGGAAUUAAUCACUAUACAUCUGCGCUGAUGUCUUCUUGCCCGAUGCAAGAGAAUUGGCCCGUGCCAUCAAUAGACCACGAUUUAGGAGUUUUCAUGGAGACAGACCCUAGCUGGCCUAUUUAUGCAUCUGACUGGCUAGCGGUUUAUCCACCAGGCUUUAGAAAACUGCUCAGUUGGAUAACAAAAAACUACGGUACGAAAAUUCCAAUAAUUGUUACGGAAAAUGGAAUGUCCGAUUAUGGUGGUAUAAAUGACUAUAAUAGAGUAUCGUAUUUUAACGAAUAUUUAGAACAAUUGCUUCUAGCUAUAUACGAGGAUGGCUGCAAUGUAAUUGGAUACUUCGCUUGGAGCCUAAUGGAUGAUUUUGAAUGGAGGGAUGGCUAUUCCGUCAAAUUUGGACUCUUUCAUGUGGAUUUUGACAGCCCCGAGAGAUCUCGAACUCCCAAACUGUCAGCGAUCAACUUUCGUGAAAUUGUUCGCACGAAACGAAUCAAUUUUGAUUAUUUAAAAAGGCCAGAGUGA